AUGCCAGGUGAAGAUGCGCUGAGCUUGGACCACGUCCUUAGUGUCGCGGCCAAUGCACUCCACAAUGAGCAGCCGAGUCUCAAAACAUCCUAUGAAGCCGUGGCUUUGAUCGGUCAUGCCUGUAUGACAGCUGUCGACUUUAGGCUAGUGGGACUCGGAGAAGACCACACCUUAGAAUCAGCUACAGAGAUUCCCACCCUCCCCGCAGAAUGGAAUGCUAACGAUACCUUUGCCUUUCGAUAUGCCCACACACAGUCUUCGAUGGAAUAUCUGCUCAAAGUGAGUCGACUUGGAAAUAAUGCUGUGGUAUUUGCACUGGCUCUGGGAGAUGACCGCACAAGCUCAUUCGAUCUCCCCGUGAAAGACUAUAUCUCCCCGUCCGCGCUCCCAGUGUCAGCUCCAGAGAGCAUUGCCAGCGCACUGCAGGAUGUUUUUAUCUCACGAGCCCGACUAUCUGAUUUGAUCGGAUUACUCAAAAUCAACGUGAUCCAGAAGCUUGCACCCGGUCUAUACAAGGAAGGUUAUGAAGACCCAAGCCAAAAUUAUCGAGAGCAACCUGAGUAUAGACGCACACAGGACCCUCUUCAUGAUGACGGCCUUCCGCAGCCUGCCCGGCCUCACCCAUACGAUGACCCGUUGGAAGUUGCGCCACGCAGGCCAACAGUGGACUUCCCCGCGCCUGGGUUUGAAAACGAGUUUGAGAUCAAUCGUCCCCCGCGUGCAUACCCUCCAGGUUUUCAAGGGGGCUUUAAUAUCGGGGAAAGAGAUCUUUACCCCGCAGGAAUGGGUCCUCGUGAUCCGCUCAGAGGCACAAUGGGACCUGGAUCCAGUGGUGGUAUGCAUCCAACCUUUGACGAUCCUCUCUUUGCUGGACACGGUGGCAGUGGUGGCUAUGACCCACGUGCACCACCCGGUGCCAGAUAUGACCCUGUUAUGCCUGGCGAACCUCCUGUUGGUCGCAACCGAGGACAUUUCGGCCCUGGAGCGGGGAGAGGCCUUGAUGGGCUUGGUGACCGGUUUGGGGGUGGCCCGGGUGGGUUUAACGGAGGCGGCGGCUUUGGAGGUGGGUUCGGCGGUGACAUUAUCUAG